AGAGGCUUAAGCUCACCAAUGAGUACGGAGGCUUUUCAAAACCCAUCAUCUUCCACAAAGAGGCCACUUCUGUUGGGUGAACCCAAGCAUACUCUAGCAAAAUCAUCAUCAGAAAAUGGAGACAAUGCAGUUCCUAGAACAUGUUUUUCAACUGUUCCGUCGCAAUCCAGCAAAGCGGCUUCCAAAAUCUUUGAGCAUCUCGAUAAGAUCAACUCUCCAAAGGAGAAAUCAUCUGAGCCCAAGUUACUUCCUAUGAGCGAUAGAUCACCAACUAAGUUGUCGCCCUCCAUGCUACGUGGUCAGGCUCUGAAAAGCCUGGAGGAUGUGGAUUCGUCGAAAUUCCUGGAAAAUCCCUGUUAUAAAAAUGGUAAUAACUUGGAUGUUUCAUCUAAUCAACUCAUACUAGAUGCUUCUUCUCAAAAGCAUGACAAUGUUAAAGAAAAUUGUCCAUCAAGGGUUCUUGCCCCCUGUGACAAUUCAAGUACAGUAACCAAUGAAGUUGAAUCCACAACAGAAAGGAAAGAUGUAAUGGUAAAGGUUAAACCUGCAGUUUCUGCUGCAUCAAACACUGUUGUUCAUCCUCCUGAAAAGAAACGGCCGUUCGAGAUGAGUGCUCAUGAGUAUCUGGAGCUGGAUGACGAUGAUUGUUCCAUUAAUGGCCACGUGCCUGGUUCAUUUGCUGAUGGGAGAGUACAGGUAGAUAAGAUUGCAGCUGCUAAUCUGGAGAAGCCUAUAGCUUCAACUGAAGUCAAACCUCCUUCAUCUUUUGCAUUAAAUGAGAAGUCUGAUAGCAGAACGUCUGAUGGUGUAUAUACAGUUGCGCCUGGUGCAACAGGUACCGUACCAAAACCAGUGCAUACAGAUAAAGCUGAUAAGAAUAAUUCAGAUGCUGAAGUCCCUUUUAGGGUACCAGAAAUUCUUGUGUCAUCAUCAGCAGCAGCAGCAGCACCUACUAGCAUAUUUUCCACCACUUCUCAAGUUUCCAACAAUUUAGCAAGUCAAAGUUCUGUCAGCAGCAUGGCCCCCACUGCCAACACUAACAGUGGUAACAACAUUGCUGCUACUAGUGCUGUUACCACCAGCAAUCUUUUUAGCUCAGUUUCAGCACCAUCCUUUUCAGCCGAACCCUGUUCUAAGUUUUCAGUCUCUAGUGCAACUACGGUGACACAGGUACCUGAAAAUUCUCCCUUGGAAUUGUUAGGAGACAAGAACAAGCAAGAUGGCGGUUUUGCUAAUCUAAGCCGCACAGUUUUGCCUGGCACAUCUACUACCAGUGCAGGCACAGAAAAUAGUUUUGUGGGUGUUUCUGCUGCUGCGUCCUUCCCUACUGCCACCAAUCAGUCGGGCCCUAGUUUCAGUUCUGGUAGUGGAUCCGGUCUUUGUGUCCAGGCAUCACCUAAAUUGUUGUUCAAAUGUGAACCCUCAACUGCCUCAACUGCGUUAACAUCUGGAAGUUCUUCCUUGGAAUUCUUAAAUGAUAGGAACAAGCAAGGUGGGUCCUUUGGUACUGUAAGCAGUUCCUUGUUUUCUGGCACAUUUGCAACAAGUGCAAGCGCAUCAAGUAACAGUUUUGGGUUUUCUGCUGCUGCUUCCAUGCCUACCGUUACCGAUCAGGCUCCUGGUUCUUCUCUGUUUAGUGGUGGCAGUGGAACUGGUUCUGGUACCCACCUGUCCCUGCUGGGACAGGAGUUGCGGCUUCCACACAGAGUGCACCUGUUCAACCUGGCUCAUCAUCUUCCAGUUUGGUGUUCAAUUUUGUAG